UAAAGACUAAAGGUUUGCUGUAUAUUGUCCAGCUUUGGUUGCUGAAAUUCUGAAAAAUGUUAUCCCGAGCUCUGUUGCUUGUUUCUGCUUUGGCAUUGUUGGCGGGAGUUUUUGCUGCACCAAUAGACGAUGGAUCAGACAAAGAUGAUGAUUUGAAUGUUGACACCUCCAUUGAUAACAGAGACACUACAGAUCUGGAUAAUACUGACGAUUCCCCUGAUAAUCAUAGUACCAGUGGCAUUGCUGAUUCUUCCAAAGAACAGAGCGUAAAGGAUACCCCUGGUGAUGCUGACACCUCCGCUGACACCACAGACUCCACCGAAUCUGCUACCGAGGAUGAUGCUACCACUUCUGAUAAUAAUUCUAAAGAUUCUGACGUCGACAGUACCAGCAGCUCAGAGAGCAGUCCCACUGAUGUUGAUGACAGUGCAGGUAAACCCAGUGAGGAAAGCAUAGCUUCAGAAGAUAAGUCCUCUUCAGAGUCAGACUCAAAAUCGCAGGAUGUUGAUGAGGAUGGAAAAGACUCCUCUUCUGAGAGUGAUUCCAAAGAUGCUGAGAAAGACACCAAUUCUGUUUCAAAGAGCCAUUCCGCAGAUGUCAAUGAGAAAGAAAAAGACUCUUCUGAAAGUGAUUCUAAAGCUACAGAAGAUAAGACCUCUUCAGAGUCACACUCCCAAUCUCAGGAUGAUGAGAAGGAGUCUUCUGAAGUUGAUUCCAAGGAUGCUGCUGAUGAUGACAAGCCUUCCUCAGAUUUACAGUCUGAUUCGAAGGAUACAGAAGAAGAUUCAAGCUCUUUAGAAUCGGACUCAAAGGAUUCACACAGCGAUACUGUAAGCAGCUUAGAGACAGAUUCGAAAGAUAAGGACAGUGAUAUCUCCAGCAGUGCGGAGAGUGAUUCCAAAGGUGGGGAUGAUGCUGAAGACGAACACGAUGAUAAAUCCUCUAAAGAUUCUGAAGACUCAGACCAUGAUAGUGCAACCAGCUCUGAGACCGAGUCCAAAGAUUCAGACAGUGUCAGCAGCUCAGAGAGUGAUUCUAAAGGUGGUGACAAAGAUGAUGAUGAAAUAACCGAGACUGAUUCUGCAGAAACAGAGAAGUUAGAUGCUGUUGAUGAUAGUGACUCUGAUUCUAAUGGUGCUGGUGAUAACGAUGACACUGAUCAGGACCAAAGCACAGAGACUGACUCAUAUGGUGAUGACCACGAUAGCACCACGCCUAAUCAAGCUUCCUAGUGGGUCAGGCAUUUUGGAAUAGACUCUGGAUUCCGACUGAUUUAGAGGAGGAUUCAUUGCCCCAGCUGAAAGUGAAAAGAGAUCCUGGAUCAAUUAGACCCUUCUGUUGUAGCAACAACUAGGAAAGACACCUCUGUUUUUUAGCUCGUAAACUCUUGACUUUCCAGGAGAUGUUGAAUGGGUUUGUAGUGGGUUAUGGUGAAGGUUACACUAUUGAACAGCUCAUGCACAUUUCUUUGAUCUGCACUCUUUCAAAAGAUAGUAGAAAGAAUAUAUUAUUUUGCCCCCACCCCCACCCCUCAUUCCAUCUCUUGUAGUUACUGUUUUUACUCAAUUAUGAAGUGUUGUUUUAAUUAUAAUGCAAGUUACAGAAUAUAACAAAUACUGACUAUCAAGAACACUGUACCUGUAAGCACCGUGGCUGCUGCACUACAUGUAGGCACUGAAACAUGCCUUGUCAAAAUAUUUUAUUAAAUAUGUCACACCAGUUUAAAAAAAAAAAGUUUUUUGUUAUGUAAUGGCACACACAUAUAAACACUCACACAUACAGUGCAUGCAUUGUAUACAGUAAGUAUUUAUGGCCAUUUAAAAAAAAAAUUAUGUUAUCUUCCUACAGAAAUAUAUUUUUUAAGUUAAUGUGAAAGGCAGGCAGUGUAUAUCAUUGAAAUGUAAUUCUUGACCUAACUUUUAAAAAAGUAAAAAGUAAAUUAAAGUGAGUUUUUAUUUUAUUUUCCUGUAUGUUAAGAACUUCAGAAUCUGCUGAAUAAAGUUUCAAUUGUUAGUCUCUUUGUGUGUAUUUGUCCAAGUGCAUGAAUGUACAGGUGAUGCACUGGGAAGGCGUGUUUGUGUAAUAAUUAGUAUAAUACUGGUAUAGUACACUGAUUGGUAUUCAGAUCUGAUCAGCACACUGCCUGCUCUCCCAGAACAGGGGGGCUCCAUUUGGUCAGACAGAACGUGUUCAA